UUAAACAGUGGACCACCAGGGAAGUCCCUAUGCCAUUUUAUAUAAGGGACUUGAGCAUCCACGGAUUUUGGUGUCCAUGGAGGUUCUGGAACUAACCUCGCACGGAUACCAAGGGAUAACUAUACUUUACAUACAAUAUCUCAUUGACGUUUUAUAUCAUCCCCUGAAUUAAGUACUGAUAACUUACAAAUGAAGAAACUGAGGCAUGGAAAGUUUAUCCAAGCUCAUACAACCAAGAAGUAGUGGUACCAGGCAGAACUGCCUAUAUAAUUUGUGGGACCCAGCACAAAAAGAAAAUCAGCGUCCCUUGUUCAAAAAUUUAAUCAUUUCAAGACAGCAAUGGCAGAACAUUGAAGCAAGCAUGGGGCCCCUGCGUGACUACACAGGUCUGUGCCCAUAGAGCAGGCCCUGGUUCCGGAAUCUGAACCCAGAAUUCUGAAUCCAGAGCCCACCAGACUCUGUGCUUGGAGAAAGUAAUAGGAAUCACUAUGAUUUACUGAGCUCCUGCUAUGUGCAUUGUGCGAAAUCUAAAAAAACCUUCACAACAACCCUGAGGUAACAGGAGGCAUUGUUACCCUCAUGUUUAAGCGGGAGGAAACCAAGCUUUAGGGAAAUUGAAUUACCACCCAGGGUUAUCAAGCGGAGUCAGGAUUUGAACACAGGACCAAACCUGAAGCCUGAGUCUUCAUGUCACACAGCGUCUUUCUAGAAGGAUCACAAAGGCAGGAACUAAAAUGGGGCUGGGCAUGACUCAAAUGAUCUCUUAGGAACUUUGACCGAGGGGCCUGUCACUGGGGGUCCAGCCGCUGCUUCACUCAGGACCGGAAGGCAUCCCAGGUCUGCAGAUAUUUCCAGCGAGGCUUCUGCUUCCACGGAGAUGGAUGUGGGUAAGUGCCUCUUCUCCUCAAGUGGGGAGCGGGCUGGGAGACUCGGGAGGGAGGAAUCAUUCUUCAUGGACCAUGCAUCUUCCCAGAGCCCCUCUGCCCUCAGCUCCAAGUACUAGGCUGAGUUAGCUCUGAGCCGUGAAGGAGCUAUCCCUUUCUCCUUACCCUUCUCUUCCUCACGACAGCUACCGGCACCUGCAGCCUCCCUGCCACCUGCAGCCUCCCCACCACCUUGAGUGGGGCCGCCGCCAUUCGGAGCCACACAUCACCCUGUCAGGCCCCCCGCAGGGACUGACCCGCAGGGGCUCCGAGCCCUCCUACCUGCCCUCUGUGACUGCCGGAUGGGGUUGGGCCGGGGCCUACCAGGGCAUGGAGCCUGGCCUGGAGGAGUUGUUCAGCAAGGCUGAGGACAUUGGUGGCAGCUCCUGGAAGUCCCUGUCCCUAGCAUGGCCUUGCAUGCAGCAGACGCUUAGGAGAUACCACAUGAAUGAGUAAAUGAAUGAAUGGAUCCAGUUUUCCCCAACAGCUGCUGAUGGUGAUCACAGCUACUUCCCGAAGUCUCAGCCUAUGUCAGACCCUGUCCAGGAGCUCCUGGCCCCACUUCAAAGCCUGGACCUUGAGGUGCAGCAGGUAGUGGAGGGGGAGGGGAAGAGGAUGCCAUGCUGGACCUCUGGGAUGCCCAUACCUGCUGGAGGAGGGUUCUGUGUUCCCUGGGGCCGUAUUUGGGGUGACAGUGUGUGUGUGGGGGGGGGGGGGGGGGGGGGGGGGGGGGGGGGGGCUGAAGGGAGGAUGUGCUCUGACCCUGCCUGUGGCUGCAGAGGGUGCAGGACAGUCGGGACAUCGUGUGUGGCAUCUGCAUGGACAAGGUGUGGGACAAGCCAGAGGCCAAGCGGAUUUUUGGCAUCCUGCCCAACUGCAGCCACCCCCACUGCCUGGACUGCCUGCGUACCUGGCGGAAGAGCCGAGGGGACUUCCCGCUGGGUGUCAUCAAGUCAGUGUCAUGGAGGGGCCAGCAGGGAGGGAGGGAAAGGUCCCACAGAGGGGUAGGCUCAGAGACAGGCCGAUGGACUUGUGACUACUCCUCUCCCACCUCCCACCCCAUCCCACCUCGCAGGGCCUGUCCCCAGUGCCGUGUCCCUUCCAGCUACAUCAUUCCCUGCAAAUUCUGGGUGAGCAAGGGGCCUAAGAAGGAACAACUCAUCAGGAACUUCAAGGCUCGGACCAGCCAGAUUCGAUGCCGGUUCUUCAUGCGGGGGAAUGGCCGCUGCCCCUUCAAGUCGGACUGCAUUUACCUGCACCAGCUCCCAGAUAAGGCCCCGACUUCUGAUCCUCCCUGGCCCGGGAGUAUGCAGCUGGCCUCUGUGGUGGGCAAAACAGCGUUCCUAGGGGGCACCGAGCCAGAGGAGGAAGUGUUCUUCAUGGACUGUGCCCUGACCAUGGCCUUCUGGGGUUCAGAACUCCUCCUGGACCCCAACAGUUCUUACCACUGCCUCCUGUAACCAGGAUCAACGUGUGGGGGGAUGGGGCUGAGGGGCAGGGGUUGCCAGGUGGUAGGUCUUUUCCCUUUGGAGCUUGGUGGGGGAUGAAAGUAGCAAGUGCCCCACACCCAUGAACUGCAGCAGUGACACAGCUGGGGAACAUGGGGAGGGGGGAUGGCUCUCGGGAAAGAGGAAGGGUUCUCACCCUCUUGCCAGGGACUUGGUUUUUAACUUUACUCUUUUGUAGAAGGAUUCUGAAAGAAAACCAAUAAAGUGCACCUAAGCCAUCACUGCUCGUGUCUGAAGAGCGUCUGCUUAUAGCCCAGGUGCACCCUCACCCCUACCCCCACCAAGGGUUUCUUCUGCAUUUAAUCUGUUGCAAUAUCACCUGUCACUUAGCCUUUGGAAAACUUCACUUUAUGCUCAUAAGAGAAUGAGAACAGAAAGGGCAAAUAAUGUAGGUAUUAUAAAAAUAGUAAUGUCAGAGAUCCCGUGAAAGGGUCUCAAGGAUUCCCCCUUGGAAUCCUUGUGGAUUCCAAGUGUGGUUCAAGAACCACACUUGGAAGUUUUCUCCCUAUUCUCCUUCCCAUUGGCUAGAAUGCAGACCCGGGUGGGCAUGAACCAGAGCCACCACGAUAAGGCUGCAGUUGAGGAUGGGCAGGGCAUUGAAGGCUGUUUAGCAUUCUUGGCCCCGCCCACUACUUAUCAGGGCCUCCACCCCUUUGCCCCCAACAUCAUUUGGUCAUUUGAAGACCAAAACCAUCUCCUAUGAAGUUAGAACUGAUAAACUGAGAUAGAGGUUCCUGGAAGAAACUUAUUUCCUACUCUUUUGCCCUUUGCAAAGCAGGCACUAAGACAGAGGUCCCCACCCCCCGGGCCACGGACCGAUACCAGUCCGUGGCCUGUUAGGGACCAGGCCGCAGAGCAGGAGGUGGGCGGU